UCAGAUAAGGAAUGACAGAGCUCAGUGUAUUUAGUAACGUUGUGCAGAGAGACUGGUGCAGAGCUUUGCUGUGGGCCCUUUACAGUCUCCAAUAUGAAUUGUCUGGAAGACACAUCUCCUUGCCCUCUAAGUGAGGAGGAGAGCAGACUGGCCUAUGGAGCAAAGCAGAAAGCCUUGGAUAUUCUAAAGGAUGCCCUGAAGAAAAAGUACAGCGUUUUGGUUGAGAAAGCAGGGGAAAAUACUAAUUCUGUGGGAAGACUCCCAUCUCUCACCCCUCACCUGGUGCACAGUCUGAGGACAGAACUGGAGCGAGUGACUUUUGUGAAAGUGGACCACCCAUUCUAUGCCAUUUGUUACAUCUACCCCAGAUCACAUGAGAGAAGAAUAUAUUUGGGCCCCCAAUUCUGGAAACAAGGGGAGAUCCUAGGGGCAGAUUCUCGUCCUGGGUUACUGAUUGAAAAGGCGGCACAGUUUCUUUUUCACAAAACUCCUGGUGCGUUGCUGGUGGGACAAGGAACAGUCGGCAAGGGGCAACGACAUGAACCACGUCUGCUUUCAGCCAAUCAGAUUCGCAGUGAGUUUGAAACGGUCUUGAAACAUUGGGGAAUUUACACAGAUCACUUGUAUUCUUGCUGCGGGGAAACAGCACGGGAUUCUGUUUGUAAAGAUUCUUAUAGCAGUUCCAGGCCAUGGUUAUUGAGUGAGGCAGAGAGGAAAGUGGCAGAGGAAGCAAAGCAGAGAACCCUGAUGAUUCUAUUCAAUGCUCUGGAGAAAAAGGACAGUCUAUUAGUGGAGAAACCUGAGGAUUUUGUUAGCCAUAGAAGACUGAAAAUGUGUCCCCUGAUCCCCCUACACUUGGUGCAAGAUCUGAUCACUAAUCUUCAGAAGGUUACAUUUAGAAAGCGAUACAAUGUGAAUAACAAGAACUUCUAUAUUCUGCCGGAUGCAAAUGAAAUCGUUAUUUAUCUGAGCCCUGACUUUUGGCAACAAAAUGAAAUGCUGGAGUGCGGGUCCCGUCCUGGAACUCUCAUUCUAGAGUUAUCACAUGUGUUGGGGUAUAAACGUUACCUAGAAAGACCCAAAGAGGAGGGAGAAGGAAACAAAGAUCCACCCCUGUUCUCACUUACAGCUUCUAAUAUCUGCUGGGCUUUCGAAACCUGGAUGAUCCAUAAAGGAUUUUACUAUAGAUCAGGGGUCCCCAACCUUUUUAAACCGUGAGCCACAUUCAAAUAUAAAAAGAGUUGG